AUGCCAAAGCUCGCAAGUAAGAAGUUCAUCGACGAUAUUAGUCUGCUGGCCGUGGAGCAAUGUCUGAUCAGCAGACUGCCGGCCUUAUUUCCAUCAGAGACCAUAUUGGACCUGCGAGAUGACGAAAUAGCUCAUAUUGCAACAGAGAGUCACGCAAUGAUGCUACAAAGGAUUCGGUAUAACGAGAAGCUCGCUGCUCUAGAGGGCGCAAAAGACGACCUCAAGCAACUAGAUAUCCACCGCACGUUAGAUCUCGUUUCCCCCCCACCUGGGACAAUCGAGCAAGUGCAUACUGAUGGGGAGUCGGAGGCUAGCCUACCCGGUGAAACAGACAUGUGGUUCAAUCCCACAAGUUCUACAUCUCGUCGAACGCGCGCCGUGUAUCUCGGCGUCGAACACUUCUCGCCGUCCCAGCUGUCCGGAGCCCCAAUCCAGAAGUUGUCCAUGGUGAAAUACGGUGAAGCCGUAUCCCGCCGUGUCCGUGUCUGUUUUGGAGCCGUCGCUGAAGACUACGUAGCCCGCGGGUCGACCGGCGAGCCACUGGUGUAA